AUUUAUGCAAUUUUCUUGUUUAUAGACAAUGCAAGAAGUGUUAAGAGUGAACUCAUCGGCUGAUCUCCAAGUUGAAUGGAAUUUCCUCGACAAAGAAAUUUCACCGGUUUUGCACGAUAGAUUAAUGACAGACGCUGCUUUAGGAACGAGACCCAUUAAAACGGAACAUUCUUAUAGUUUGGCUUCUGAUGGGGAUUCAUUACCGGAUUCGCCGAUAUCCAGCAAACGAAUUGAAGAUAUGGAAGAAGAUUUUUUUCCUAUGAUUCCAACGCAUCGCUUGAACUCAGAAAUGGUAAUAAAAGAUGAACCUUUAAGUGAAACGGAUAGCGUACACUCAUCGUGUCCAUCAUCUCCACAACAAAACGAUGAUUUUGCGGACUCUUUCUUAGCAGAUCCACCAAAACGUACCUGCGGAAUAAUCCGAAACUCCAACUUAAUGUUAACUUCUAAUAACGUCUUCGCCCCAAAGUUUUCACUUUCAAAGAUUAACGUGAAAAUUGAACCAGGAACGAGAUUUCACCUGCCUCCAACUCCUCCGUCGUGUAGUAGCAGUGAAGAUAGUGAGGAUAAUUCGCAUUCGCCAUGUGUUCGAAAGACGAAUGCGCGUGUUAUGGUUACACAUACCACGAGACAACCAAUUAAUACCCCAUUAAUAAGUACUCAACCUAAAGGUUCAACUGGAACUUUGAUAUUAACAGAGGAAGAAAAACGAACUUUAAUAGCCGAGGGAUAUCCAGUUCCAACUCGUUUACCGCUUACGAAAGCUGAAGAAAAAUCGUUAAAGAAAAUAAGGAGGAAAAUUAAAAAUAAGAUAUCGGCUCAAGAAAGUAGAAGAAAGAAAAAAGAAUACAUGGAUCAAUUAGAAAGAAAAGUGGAUAUCUUGGUAUCGGAAAAUUCCGAGUACAAAAAGAAAAUUGAAACGCUUGAAGAUAGCAACAGUAGUCUGAUGAAUCAAUUAGCGAAAUUACAAGCGUUAGUAACGAAAACUCAUCCCCAAUUGAUGGGAAGGUUCGCAAAGUGAGACCAGUGUUCACCCGAAAUCAAAGUACAAAAAACAUACGAGAAAAGCAAUUUAUAUAAAAUCGCAUUAUUUACAGAGGUAAACAAAAGAAAAAAACGUUGUGUCUUCCAAAUAAUUUUAUAAGCGUAAAAGUACUUAACUCGGCGUUAAAAGUGCCUUUAUAAAAUGCGCGCAAAACGAAAUCAAAUGGAAAAUUUAAAAAAAAAUAGAUUUAAAAAGGAUAUAUUUUUAAAUGAGAAUUUUUUACCAUAUAGUAAAUUAAAAUAAGGUUAAAAGUUUUUAAAUAGGUGCUUUAUUAAAGCGGUUUGAAAAGAAAUAUGAAAAUACUCUUCAUAUUUGUUGGUUUUAUUUACAAUUCAACGUUUCAGUUGAAAGAUCCUAGGACAAAACAGUCUGUAUUUUUCUUAAUUUAUUAAUGAAUAAAUAAUUCUGCUACAAUUCGAAUUUUUAAGAGA